AUGAAAUUUUCAACUAUUUUCAGCUUUGAUAUUUCUGUCUAAGCCAUGAAGAUACCAGGAAAUUGAAGUGUUGAAGCAGAUUUUAUACCCCUCGGUCUUUUCCACUACGGUCAGUUGGACACUGUCCUCUUUGUUGCCAUUUCCACUCUCUUUUCAGUGGCCCUGGUGGGGAAUAUCCUGCUGAUCCUUCUCAUCCAGCUGGACGCCAGGCCCCACGCUCCGAUGUACUUUCUGCUCAGCCAGCUCCCCCUCGUGGACGUAAUGACCGUCUCCACCACUGUGCCCCGGAUGGCAGCUGACUUUCUGACAAAGAGUCAGGCCAUCACCUUUAUAGGCUGUAGGACACAAACUUUUGUGUUCUUGGCCCUUAAUGGGACUGAGGCCCUUCUCCUCGGCUUCAUGUCUCAUGAUCGCUAUGUAGCCAUCUGUCAUCCUUUACGGUACUGUGUUCUCAUGAGCAGGAAGAUCUGUAGGUUCACGGUCACAUGCACGUGGGCCAGUAGUUCUGUCACUGCUUUAAUACACACAUUGUACGUGUUUCAGCUCCAGUUCUGGGGAUCGCGGCUGAUUAACCACUUUUUCUGUGAAGUUCCGUCCCUGUUGCCGCUGGUGUGCCAGGACACUUCCCAGUACAAGCAGGUGGUCCUCCUGACGGUCCUAAUUAUUCUGCUGAUACCAUUCGUGGCCAUUCUAGCAUCUUACGACUGCAUCCUCACUGUGGUGCUCCAGAUGAGCUCAGGCAGAGGACAGACGAAAGCCAUCUCGACCUGCUCUCACCUGAUGGUGGCCAGUCUCUUCUAUGUGACGGGCCUCUCCACCUAUAGAAGGCCGCACUCCUUGCGUUUCCCUGAACAGAAUAAGGCAGUAGCUGUGUUUUACAUCAUUAUCACCCCUCUUCUGAACCCAUAUAUCUACAGCCUGAGGAAUAAAGAAGUCAUUGAGGCUGUGAAGAGACUGUUGUUAGGACGGAUAUUUGCAAAGGAAAUGCGACCACAAGAAACCCUACUGUAG